AUGGCCGAAUUCAGACAACACCAGUCCGUCUACGUCCGCUGGGGCAGCGAGUGGAAAACGGGUACAUACGUAGGAAUCAUGACGAAGACAACGAACAUUAAUGGCAAGAAAGUUAAGUCCACCAUCGGCCAUUAUGUGACUGUCGUUAUUGCUGGACGCUCGGCACCUCAGAAGGUUGCUGUCGGCCUGCGCGAUGUGCGUGCCGUCUGA